AUGAGAAUGAGCGACGACGAGGACAGCCUCGAUUUCGACAUCACCAUCUCCGGAUCUUUGUGAGUCUCAAUGAGACUAGGGGGAUCAUAAUGAUGUUUUUUUUUCUAAUCUCUGAAACACCAGCAUGUGCUAGACUCUCACGGAGUUGUGCGGAAGAACUCAACGGAAGAAUUUUUAUCUUUUUUAGAAAAUUUUUUCAUGAAAUGUGAUCAACUGACGAGAUGUAUAGCAAAGUGAACUGUGCUCAUAGAAAAAUAAUUGUAAAUUUAACUUUUCAUACAAAAAAAGUUAUUCGAGUUGUUGCGUGAAAAAAGGGCUAACGGGGAAGACGGAAGGAAUAACUUUUUUGUAUGAAAAGUUAAAUUUACAAUUAUUUUUCUAUGAGCACAGUUCACUUUGCUAUACAUUUCGUCAGUUGAUCACAUUUCACGAAAAAAUUUUCUAAAAAAGCCAAAAAAUUCUUCCGUUGAGUUCUUCCGCUCAACUCUGGUACUGGCCUUCCACAUUAUUUUUCCCACAAGUCCAGUCUUUUCAUCUUCAGACCCCCUCUUCAUUUUAAAACAAUUUUGUCACAUGGAAGUUAGAGAAGAAUCCAGAAAAUAGCUCCAAAUAGCCGCAAAGCCUUGAAAAUGUUCGGGUUCAUGAAAUGUCCUCGUUCUUCCACAUAUAGACUAGACAGCUGAAACGUUUUUGCUCACGUUGUCUGGCCGAAAAUGUCUGUCCCCGCGCGGGGGCGAAAGUACACCAACUGCAGACGUCGUUCUUCUCAUUCUCAUUCUCAUUUCGCAUUCGUACUGCUCAUUAGUAAUCAGGAAAAAAGAACACGUGCUCUCUCUCUCUCUCUCUCGCUCUCUCGCCUCAGAAACAAGAGACAGACAGACGAACCCGUCGGAAACUCUUCUCAAACACCAAUGAAUCAGGUCUCGCAAGUGUCUGGGUGCGAAUAAUGCGGGAAGCCACGCCUUUUUUGAGCUCAUUCGGAGAAGCAAUGCCUGCUGCUAGCCAACCGACUCUCCAGAGCUCUCUGCUCAACAGGUACUUUAGCGUGGCGCAAGUACUUUUCCAGAGUUGUCACGGGCCGGGCCGAAAUUUUCAAAACUCCGGCCCGGCCCGGCCCGGUUCAAAAAGCGGGAAUCCAAAUUUUGAACUAUUGAUUAAAUAAAAUGUUUGUUUUUUGUAGAACUAACGAAUUUUGCAAGUAAAUUCAGUAUAAAGAAAAAAAAAACGGCGAACAACUCAAUGUUUUACACGCCGCAAUCCGAAAGUUGGAACAAAAUGGCUAAAGAGCGCGCGCGACCGUAAUGUCGGAGUGUCGUAGUUUUUUUUUAAAUUUUGAUCCCCGCAAAAAAAAAGAAAAAAAAGAUUUCCCCCAAAAAUUUGAAUUCGCGCCUUUUGAGCCGGGCCGGGCCAGCAAAUUUUCGGCCCGGCCCGUAAUUUGGCAGGUCUGUACUUUUCCUUAGGCGGUCUGGACUUUUCUAGGGAUUUAUCACCGCUGCUUUUUAGAACUUCACAUGUACUGUUUCAGACCGUCGUUCGGAGAUCCGCUCACUCCGCCACCGACCAUCCGCAAGUCAUGGUACGUCAAGAUGCAGAACCGUCUCGCCACGUUGGCCGUCUUCAUCUUCGUCCUGUGCAUCGUCGUCUCGAUCAUUCUGGUGCUCGCCAACUGGCACAAAAUGUGA